AUGCGUACGUCAACAAUUGGGCUUUGGGCUCUGACGGCUGGUCUCGCCGCCGCAAAAACCUGCUACAACGUAACCGUUGAGGUCCCUGUCACCGCUCGCAACGGGGUGUUCGACAACAUCAACACGCCUCAGACGAACUUUGACGCUACUUCAUUCGUCCUCUCGGCGACUAAGCAGGGUAGAAAUUUGUCAGAAACAGCUUUGUCGGGCUACGCUACCGUGUCGGGCCACUACAAUAUCUCGACCCAAUACUGUAUGCCGAAGAACGCUGGGAAUUCGGCCUACACUCUUCAGAUCCUGACACAUGGAAUGGGCUUUGACAAGUCAUAUUGGGAUCUACCAUACCACAACUAUAACUACUCCUACGUGGAUUACGUCUUGUCUCUUGGAUAUCACACCCUCUCCUACGAUCGACUGGGCCUUGGAAAAUCCUCACACGGUGACGCAAAGAACGAGAUCCAAGCAUUCCUAGAGAUCGAAGCUCUCGCUCAGUUGACUCGCAUGGUGCGCAACGGCAAGAUGUCCAAGAUCAAGACCCCUGCGAAGGUCGUCCACGUCGGACAUUCAUUCGGCUCUGCCCAGACAGUUGCUCUGUCCGCGAUGUAUCCAGAGCUGUCCGAUGCACUCGUGCUCACUGGGUACACCACAAGCGCCGACUAUAUGCCAAUGUUCCUCAGCGGCGCCAAUUUCCAACAAGCCCGACUCAAUGGCAAGAACUCGGACUACACAGCUGGGUACUUGAAGAGUGCAGACAUCGGCAGCAAUGUAUAUCUCUUCUUCUACCCUCCCCAUUUCGACACCGGUCUUCUCGAAUGCGCAGAAGAGAACAAGCAGCCCAUGACCAUCGGCGAACUCCUGACUAUCACUGGUCUGCCAGCACAGAGCAACUUUACUGGACCUGUUUAUGUCAUUGAUGGUGCGAACGAUGUGCCAUUUUGUGGAGGCGACUGUUUACAUACGGGUGGCAAAGCGGCUUCUAUUCCUGCUGCUGCCAAGGGGAUCUUCCCCUUGGCCACUGCUUUCUCUGCCUACGUCCAUCCCAACACUGGCCAUGCUAUUAAUCUGCACUAUAAUGCCACCGGGGCUUAUAAGCAGAUCAAUGACUUCUUGGGGGCUCACGGCUUGUUGAGCAAGAGUCAUCAUAAUGAUCAUGCUCGUCAUCAUCAGCGAAAAGAUGGGGGAACUAAGGGCCCUGAUCUUUGA